AACCUUGAGGGCUGUUUGUCUCAAGGCACAUCCGCGCUGGUGGCAAAGGAAAAAGUCCCUGACGGCCCAAGUCCUACCUUCCCAAACCCUAAGUUAGACCGGGAAUCCCAGACGACGCUGCCUUCUGCAAACGAAGAGAGAGAGAAAGAGAAAAGCUACAGAAAAAUGUCUUCAGUGAGAUUGUCUGCAUGCUUGCUCCUGUAUUUCUUUCUUCAACAUGCUUUCUCCGCUCCGGUUCUCCCCAGUGUGCGUUUUCAGGGCCAUGAGCCUCACGGCAGUCACGGCAGCAGUCACGGGAGUCACGACACACACAGUGGUGACCACGGUGGAGAUCAUAAGGGAGGUCAUGGUGGAAGUCACGGUGAAGGACACGGCGGAGGUCACGGAGGAGGACAUGGGGGAGGUCACGAUGAAGGACACGGCGGAGGUCACGGUGAAGGACACGGCGGAGGUCACGGUGAAGGACACGGCGGAGGUCACGGUGAAGGACACGGCGGAGGUCACGGUGAAGGACACGGCGGAGGUCACGACGACGGACACGGCGGAGGUCACGGUGGAGGACAUGGCGGAGGUCACGGUGGAGGACAUGGCGGAGGUCACGGUGGUAUACACCGAAAAGGCGAUCAUGGACCUCCUCAUCCUGGGUAUUCGGGAGGCCCAUCUCUCCACGCCAGACAUCUGUCCAUCAUUCCACUGGGUGUAGCGGCAUUGUUAGCACUCAUCUUCUGACUUACAUUGAGCCAGUGCCUUAGUUACUGACAACAGAGUGUAGUAAUAAAAGUUGUAAUUUUCCUUUC